AUGUCUGCAACUUCGGCCAUGUCGAUCUCUCAGGAAUUAUACCCAUCCCAAGACGACCUUCUUUACGAAGAAGAGCUUCUCCGAAACCCCUUUAGCCUCAAGCUAUGGUGGCGUUACCUCAUCGCUCGAUCCGAAUCUCCAUUCAAGAAGCGUUUUAUAAUCUACGAGCGAGCACUCAAGGCCCUUCCUGGGAGCUACAAGCUUUGGAACGCUUACCUUCGUGAACGCCUCGAGCUUGUUCGCAAUUUACCCAUCACUCACUUCCAGUAUGAAACCCUCAACAACACUUUUGAAAGAGCCCUGGUUACUAUGCACAAAAUGCCUAAAAUUUGGACUAUGUACUUGCAAACUUUGACGGAGCAGAAGUUGGUCACUCGGACUCGCCGGACCUUCGACAGAGCUCUGUGUGCUCUUCCGGUGACGCAGCACGACCGCAUUUGGGACCCGUACCUGAAGUUCGUGAGCCAAACCGGUAUCCCAAUUGAGACCUCGCUUCGGGUUUAUCGCAGGUAUUUGAAAUAUGACCCUACCCAUAUUGAAGAUUUCAUUGAGUUCUUGAUAAAUUCUAGUCUUUGGCAAGAGGCCGCCGAGAGGCUGGCUUCAGUUUUGAAUGAUGAUCAGUUUUAUUCGAUAAAGGGGAAAACGAAACAUAGGCUGUGGCUGGAAUUGUGUGAUUUGCUUACUAAGCAUGCUACGGAGGUGUCAGGCCUCAAUGUAGAUGCUAUUAUUAGAGGUGGGAUUAGGAAAUUUACAGAUGAGGUGGGACGGUUAUGGACCUCACUGGCGGACUAUUACAUUAGGAGGAAUUUGCACGAGAAAGCUAGGGAUAUAUUUGAGGAGGGUAUGACUACUGUGGUAACGGUAAGAGAUUUUAGUGUAAUUUUUGAUUCUUAUGCUGGGUUUGAAGAUAGUAUGCUUGUCCAUAAGAUGGAGACAGUGGAUUUGAGUGAUGAAGAGGAGGAAGAAGAAAAGGGAGUAGAAGAGGAUGGAAAUGAGGAAGAAGAAGAUCUUCGAUUGGAUGUUAACUUGUCUUUGGCUGAGUUUGAGAAGAAAAUGCUUAAUGGGUUUUGGUUACAUGAUGAUAAGGAUGUAGAUUUGAGGUUGGCUCGAUUGGAGCAUCUUAUGGAUAGAAGACCUAUACUGGCUAAUAGUGUUCUUUUACGACAAAAUCCCCAUAAUGUAGAGCAGUGGCACCGAAGAGUGAAGCUCUUUGAGGGCAAUCCCACGAAGCAGAUACUUACUUACACAGAGGCGGUGAGGACAGUUGAUCCAAUGAAAGCGGUGGGGAAGCCCCAUACAUUGUGGGUUGCGUUUGCUAAGUUGUACGAGAAUCACAAAGAUAUUGCAAAUGCAAGAGUGAUUUUUGAUAAAGCAGUUCAGGUGAACUACAAGACAGUGGAUAAUUUGGCUAGUCUUUGGUGUGAGUGGUCAGAAAUGGAAUUGAGGCAUAAGAAUUUCAAAGGAGCACUGGAACUAAUGAGGCGGGCCACCGCAGAGCCAUCCGUUGAGGUGAAACGCAGAGUGGCGGCUGAUGGGAACCAACCGGUUCAGAUGAAGUUGCAUAAGUCCUUAAGAAUUUGGACUUUUUACGUGGAUUUAGAGGAGAGCCUGGGUAAAUUGGAGUCCACCCGGGCUGUUUAUGAGAGGAUACUGGAUUUGAAGAUAGCCACGCCACAAAUCAUAAUCAAUUAUGCAUUGCUUCUGGAGGAGCAUAAAUACUUUGAAGAUGCGUUCAAGGUGUAUGAAAAAGGUACCAAAAUAUUUAAGUACCCACAUGUCAAAGACAUAUGGGUUACAUAUCUCUCUAAAUUUGUAAAGAGAUAUGGGAAGAAAGAACUGGAACGUGCAAGACAGCUAUUUGAGGAUGCUGUUCAAUCGGCGCCUGCUGAUGCAAAGAAACCUCUGUAUCUUCAAUUUGCAAAGCUGGAGGAGGAUUAUGGUCUAGCAAAGCGUGCUAUGAAGGUCUAUGAUGAAGCAACUAAGGCUGUUCCAAACCAUGAGAAAUUGAGCAUGUAUGAAAUCUACAUUGCCCGUGCUGCAGAGAUAUUUGGCAUCCCCAAAACAAGGGAGAUAUAUGAGCAAGCAAUAGAAUCCGGUCUUCCAGACAAAGAUGUGAAGACAAUGUGCUUGAAGUAUGCUGAGCUUGAGAAGAGCUUAGGAGAAAUUGAUCGUGCUCGGGGAGUAUAUAUAUUUGCAUCACAGUUUUCGGAUCCACGAUCUGAUGUAGAUUUCUGGAACAAAUGGCAUGAGUUUGAGGUGCAACAUGGAAAUGAAGAUACCUUCCGAGAGAUGCUUCGAAUUAAGCGAAGUGUUUCUGCAAGCUAUAGCCAGACACAUUUUAUUCUACCCGAGUAUAUGAUGCAAAAGGAUCAGAGGUUGAACAUGGACGAGGCAAAAGACAAGUUGAAACAGGCUGGAGUUCCUGAAGAUGAAAUGGCUGCUUUAGAAAGGCAGUUGGCACCAGUGGUUAACGGUACUACCACCAAAGAUGGUAACAGAAAAGUGGGCUUUGUGAGUGCUGGAGUAGAAUCACAGACGGACGGAGGGAUCAAAGUUGCUGCAAAUCAUGAAGACAUUGAGCUGCCCGAUGCAAGUGAUUCAGAAGAUGAUGAAGGGGUUGAAAUUGCACAAAAGGAGGUCCCAUCUGCUGUUUUUGGAGAGUUGGCUAACAAGAGAAAGGAGGCUGAAAAAGAUGAGGGCGGAGAUGGUGCUGCUGUGACCAAGGACGGUGACAGCCACCUUGGCGCCCUUGAGAGAAUAAAAAGGCUAAAACGAGGCGGCUGA